AUGGCGCUUGUAACCGGCGCCAUUCCGGUGGCGAUCGCGAGCUCAUCCUCGACAUCUUUGGCUCCGAUUUCUUGCAGCGCGCAGGCCGUACAGCAAAAUGUGAGCUUCUGGAAGAAUGCCACUGCCACUGCUGGCGAGGAGCAAAUAUUUUCAGGCCAGGGACCAGCCUCAUGCUCAAAGGUUUCUCCGAGGCUGUGGACGAGGCCAAGAGCCAUCUCCACUGGAUGGAUUGCAAGCCCAACAGCGUCUCCUACAACACGCUCAUUGAUGCGCUGUGUAGCUUCGGGAGGAUCUAGGAGGCCCGUGAAGAGCUCCAGGCCAUGGCCAAGCGAGGCGUGGGUGGCUUACAACGCGAUGGCCACGGGCCUCAGCAAAGCUGGCCUCGACGAGGCUUUUGAGCUCAUGGGAGUGAUGGAAAGCGCUGGUUUUGCUCUGACGGCUGUGACUUUCAAUCCGGUGGUGGAGUUUCUCUGCAAAUCCGGGAGGCCGGACGAGGCAUGCAAGGUGAUGGAGACAAUGCUUCUCAGGAACAUCGAGCCCAACAUUCUGACGCUCAACUUGAUCCUCCACGCCUUCUGCAAGGCGGCACGGCCCGAGGAAGCGCUCGGCAUGACGGACAUAAUGGUGGAGAUGGGAUUCUGCCCGACCAUCGUCACCUUCAACGCGCUGCUGGAGCUGUUCUGCAACACCGAUCAGAUGGACAGCGCCGCCGAGCUCCUGGAAACGAUGGCGCGCAGCAAGUGCAAGCCAAACUUCGUGACUUACAGCAUCAUGGUCCAAAAGUUUGCAGAGAUGGGGAGAAUGGUGGAAGCUCGAGCGUUCCUGGAGCAGCUGGUGGUGUGUGGCUAUGCUCCCAAUCUCCUGGUGUGCAAUGGCUACGUCGCGGGGCUUUGCAAAACCGGAGAGAUGGAUCUAAACACCGCGACUUACAACAGCCUUGUGGAGGGUUUUUGCAAGCUCGGUAGCGGAGAGGGUCCUCGAGGAGAUGAUCGCUGA